CAAGUGACCUUGAAGUGCUCAGCCUCUCCAAAAAGCCGUGUGUCCUACCACGCAUAGGCCUUGCUCAGUAAACCAUGCGCCUCAAUAUUGUAGUUGCAGUGUCAGAAAACUGGGGUAUAGGCAAAUGUGGAGGUUUACCCUGGAAGUUGAAAGGCGAAUGCCUUCUCCAGUCUAAUAAAAGUACUUAUUAGUAAAAAUGACCAACUGUUUCUAAAGAAAGACAUGGCAUUUUUCAAACAAAUCACAACAACAGCUAAGCCAGGUAAAUAAAUCUUCAUUAGUGUGUAAAAAUUUUAGGUCUAAAAAAUGCUGUUGUAAUGGGAAGAAUCACAUGGGAAUCCAUACCUCAGAACUUCAGACCAUUGAAGGACAGAAUCAACAUUGUUGUAUCCAGUACUCUUAAACAAUUGCCACCAGGUGUUCAUGUUGUUCCAAGUCUUAAUGCAGCUGUAGAAUUGUUGUAUACCGAGGAAUUAAGUUCUAUAGUCGAUGAAGUUUUCAUUAUCGGUGGAUCACGCCUUUACGAUGAAACUCUAAAGCAGACUACAUAUCCUGUUCGUAUAUAUUGUACUCAUGUACUCAAAGAAGUUGAUUGUGAUGCUUACUUCCCCAAAUUGGACUGGAAAAAACUUGAAGAAAUUAAUUUACCUCAUAUACCCAAGGAUACUAUCACGGAAGAUGGAUUGACGUACAAGUUCUGCGUUUAUGAUGUUCCAUCCGGAGUGUGCAUUAAAUCAUGAUGAGCUUAUAUUUAUUUGUAUGAACUAUUUUUUAUAGAGAUUACAAAUAUAUUUGUAUUCAUAUUAAGUGCACUGUUGUUUUCAAGUAUGCAUAAAUGUUUGUAU